GCGCGGAGUUGCGCUCGCUUGUGGGUCUGGCCAGUUCAGUCAGUGGUGGAUGAUAGGCAAGCUAAGACGAGUUCGUAGAGAAGGGGAGCUUUCAAUUUGUUCGGAAUAUUUGUGUCGGUUGGACGUUUGUUUCGCGGCCUUCGUACAACGCUUUACCACAAUCUAGUGUCGGUUUAUUAUAAUCAGCGGAUUGGAUUCUAACUCUUUGGAAAUGAUAUCUUUCCGUAAGCCAAUUCGUUACACCUGUUGAGAUCCGCAAUACCGGGUGUUAUCAGUUGGGUGGAAUCCAAGCUGUUACAGUGAUAAGGCAACCGGAGCAAACAACAAACAAAGAGUUGUGUGGACUAUGUUGUGCUGCUGUCGGCAAGGUUGAGUGUGGAGUCUACUAGGCGCAAUCGCUGCUUCUGCCCGCGAAUCGUACGCCGAGUGUGAAAUUCUUGACCCCGGAGGGCAUAAUCGUUGUAACAAUUCUUGCUCCUACACGUAACGAAGGCUGUUACGAGAUCUACAACAAAAAACAAACACCCGCCACGAGCUAUGGGCAGCGUUCAGUGAAAUCUCACAGCAAUCGAACUUAGCUUUAUAGUUUAGUAAACACGAGUGGAAGUCACGGGAUAGCGAUGGGAACUGAUACGGCAAUCGCCAUCGAGGUGCAGAAUGAAGACAACCGGCCGAGUACUUGUUUGAGCUUCCGCGGAAUUACAUACCAGGUGAAGGGAAGCGAUGGUAAGCAGAAAAAACUGCUGCAGGAUAUCUCGGGCAGCUUUCGAUCGGGUCGGCUUGCGGGUAUUCUUGGUCCUUCCGGUGCGGGAAAGUCAUCGUUGCUAAACAUUCUCAGUGCCUUCAAAACCAAAAAAGUCAGCGGAGAAGUGUUGGUCAACGGAAAGUUGAUCAAGCGUCAAAAGUACCGCCGGGAGGUGACCUACACCUCGCAGGAUGUCAGCAUGCUGGGUAACAUCACGGUGGUGGAAACUCUCGAUUUUGCCGCCGAGCUGAAACUGCCAAACUCCGUUUCAGCGAUGGUAAAAUCGAAGAUCGUCAACGACAUCGUGAAGCUGCUGGGGUUGCAGAAGUGCGCCAACAAUCACGUGGAAACCAUUUCCGGCGGGGAGAAGAAGCGGCUCUCUAUCGGGUUGGAGUUGAUUUCUAACCCGAAGAUACUGCUUUUUGACGAACCAACAAGUGGGCUGGACAUUAUAGCUGCCAUGCAGGUUAUUGCCCAUCUGAAGGAAUUGGCUUUGAGCGGACGUUGUGUGGUUUGUGUGAUCCAUCAACCGAGCUCUAGUAUCCUUCAGAUGUUUGACGAUCUGAUGAUACUGUCCGAGGGACAGUGCAUUUAUAGGGGUCCUUUGGAUGAACUGGUUUCCACUUUUAAAGCCAGUGGCUUUGAGUGCCCCAACUAUUAUAACAGAGCAGAUUUCGCCUUAGAAGUGGCCAGCUUGAAGCACGAAGGAAACUUGCUGAAUCUGAUAGAAAAAGCGAAAGAGGAUCCCAAAGCAGUUGAAAAGGAUUCUAACGAAUUGGUACAUUCCAACGAAACUGAUGCAAUGUUGCCGACGGAUGGGGACGAAUCCGAUGCAACCGAUCGGCAGUAUCCGGUUUCUCAGUGGAGUCAGUUUAUAACACUAACAAAGCGGACCACGCUGUGCACCUUAAGGGAUCUGCAGCUGAUGAAGAUGCGUAUUAUGGCUCACCUUUUCGUAGGGCUGCUAAUCGGCGUCGUCUUCUGGGACGUCGGAAACGAUGGUGCCAAAGUGCUGAGCAAUGCGUCCUGUUUGUUCUUUUUUCUGAUCUUCGUAUUCUUCGCCAACUCUAUGCCACUGGUUAUGACAUUUCCACUAGAGACAGCUGUUUUCAUAAGAGAAAGAAUGAACAAUUGGUAUUCGUUGAGCGCAUACUUUUUCUCCAAACUAGUCGCCGAUUUUCCGUUUUUAAUAUUGGGACCAACACUGUUUUUGGCCAGCUCAUAUUACAUGACAGCCCAACCAAUGGAACUGGAACGGAUGGUUAUGUUGUGGGGAAUUUGCGUUCUAACAGCUUGGAUCGCUCAACUUUCAGGCCUGCUAGCGGGAAGCUCACUGCCACUAGAGCUAAGUGUGUUCUGUGUGCCUUGUUCUGUCAUUCCAAUGCUGAUUUUCUGCGGAUUUUUCGUACGCUUCCGGGAGAUGUUCGAUUUCUUGAUUCCGUUCACUUACGUCGGCUACUUCCGGUACAGUUUCGAGGGUGCCAUGCAAGCCAUCUACGGGUUCGAUCGGGCUAACAUUCCCUGCGAGAAAUUUUGUUACUUUGGAAAAGUUUCCAAGUUUAUGGAGAGCUUUGACAUGGAGGAGAACAAUUUUACUAUGGAUGUAACCGGUCUGCUGGUGUGGAUCUUUGUUCUACAUGUGGCUCUGUACGGCAGUUUAGUGCUAAGACUGAGACGGAAUCAGUGAGCGGUGCUGGAGGGAUUCCGGAUUCUGGUUCAUUAGGUGAUAAGAGUUUAUUUUAAGAAGUACGUCAUUUUACGUACUUUUAUAGUUUAGAAAUUGUUUUGAUAUUUUUUAUAUACUCUAUUGGAUAAUUACAAA